AGAAUACGUCAUUUUAACUUAUAGGACGUAAGGUGUUGAUUUGAUUAAAAACCAUUGUUUAUGAACGAUAAAUAUAAAUCUAAAUAUUUUGUAAGUGUACAGUGAAGUGCAAGUACCUAUAUUUAAUUAAGUAUUACUCUCAACGACCAUCAUGUUGACCGAACUCCCUAACACAUACUUACUAUCUGAAGAACAGCGUCAGUUUUAUAUGGACAAUGGAUACUUGGUUAUUAAAGGGCUAUUUGACUUCGCAACAUUAUACAAUUAUAAACAGAGGUUUCUUCAAUUCUGCAAAGGCAUUGUGGAUAGGGGCAGCAUUCUUGUGGUAAAGGAAGCGUCCCUUAAGGCCAAGGGGAUGACAGGAGAGGAGUUGAUUAAUAAGCUUCAAGACAUCCAUUACGACGAUGUAUUCAUGACUUAUACGGAACAUCCUCGGCUGAUUGACGUGGUGACGCAGUUCAUUGGCCCUGACAUACGGGUGAUGAACAGCAUGUUCAUCAAUAAACCUUCGGGCAGUACGAGGCAUCCUCCACAUCAGGAUAUGUUCUAUUUUCCAUUUGGUCCCGCCGAAAAAAUUAUCGCCGCUUGGACCGCGAUAGAUGACGUCAACGUCGAAAAUGGCUGCCUCUACGUGUUACCGCAAUCUCACAAACGGAACAUACUCUACCCACACGAAAACAUUGCCGCCGCUAACAAUAUGUACCACGGAAUCGUCGACCCGGCCGUAACCAGCCAGCCCCCCGUGCAGCUGGAGAUGAGUCCCGGGGACACCGUGUUCUUCCACCCCCUCCUCGUACACGGAUCCGGAGCUAACACUAGCGGACGGCACCGCAAGUGCAUCUCGGCGCACUACGCGAGCGCCGCCGUCGCGUACGCGCGCGCGGCGCCGCAGGGCGCGCUGGCGCGGGAGGUGGAGGGCGCCGCGCGCAGGGUCACCGGCGCGCGGAUCAGCUUCGAGGACACGUGGAGAUAUAAAAGUAAGCAGGUAACAGUGCAGCCUCAGUCUAAGCUCUAACGAUGUCAGGGACACCGGUCGCCGGUCACAUGGUCGUAGUGACGCGGGGGAGGCUACGAGCGACAGUAACUGUAUACCUUAAGUAAAAACCGACUGCUCUAAAAAAUAUUAUGACAUAUUACGACUUUAUAAACAAAAGUCAACGUUGUUAAAUGACUUUCUUAUAAAGAAAGUACUUUAAUACAGCGUCUCGGAUGAUAUUCUAUCCAUAAACCCACAUCAGUGAAAAAGCUUCAAACCUUGAAUAUAAAUCUUGGAACCAGCACGCAGGCUGAAAAUUUGUUGUCAACAAACUACACAGUGAACUGAUAGAGGCUGGAAAUGUUUAAAUAAACAUACAAGUACAAAAACGUUUACAAAACAAAUUACACCUAAAGUAAUAUUGAGACGAUUAAAUUACUAAUUCAAAAAGUAUUCUUUAUUUAAAUGUUGUAUCUUGGUACUCAUAUUCAUUUUAC